AUGAAAUUACCGGACAUUGCAUUUGGGGUUAUUAUUAUUGUUGUUUUUGUUGUUCAAAGGACCUUAGCUGAUGACAUCGAUGACAUCCGUCAUUUUGAAUGUUUAAAACAAUCUGAAAUAUCUCCCGACGUAUACGAUGAUAUGAUGGAUAAACUAAUCGCUGACGAAACUGAUGAUAUGGACCAACGAUUUAAAUGUUAUACCCAUUGUAUGCUGGAGAAAGGUGGUCGUUUGAAUGAGAAUGGAAAAUUGGAUUUGACGAAAUUUGAAGAUUAUCAUAUGUCCGAACGGGAUAUGGAAGCCAUGGAGAAAUGUAAAAGUGACAAUGAUGAUAUUGCGGAUUCGUGUGAAUAUUCAUUUGCAUUGACUGUCUGUUAUAUGCAAGCAAUUAUAGCAAAUCAUGAGGGAACGGAAGAAAUAAAUGAAUGA